CAUCCAGCAAAGACGGAAGAAAAACGAAUCCAGCACCUAAGAUGUGAGAGAUCCUUUCCUUCACAUAAGGAAAACUUCUGUACAAAAUGGAUCGAAGUAAACGGAACUCAAUCGCGGGAUUUCCACCACGCUUGGAGCGCGUUGAGGAUUUUGAUGGGGGUGGCGGAGGUGAUGGGACUGUGUCCCAGAUGGGGAGAGUUUGCACCUCUUCGUACAGAGCCCUGAUAAGUGCCUUUUCCAGACUUACACGUCUUGAUGACUUCACCUGCGAGAAAAUAGGCUCUGGUUUCUUCUCUGAGGUGUUCAAGGUGAGACACAAAACUUCAGACCAGGUGAUGGCUUUAAAGAUGAACACGCUGAACAGUAACCGAGCAAACAUGCUAAAGGAGGUCCAGCUCAUGAACAGGCUUUCGCAUCCAAACAUCUUAAGGUUUAUGGGCGUCUGUGUACAUCAAGGACAACUUCAUGCGCUUACUGAGUACAUCAACUGUGGUAACCUGGAACAGCUCUUAGACGGUAACCAGCAUCUGCCCUGGACAGUGAGGGUGAAAUUGGCCUGUGACAUUUCUCUGGGACUCAGUUAUCUUCACUAUAAAGGCAUUUUCCACCGGGACCUUACAUCAAAGAACUGCUUAAUAAAGCAUGACGAUAAUGGAUACUCAGCUAUCGUAGGGGACUUUGGUUUAGCAGAGAAAAUCCCUGAUUGCAGUGAGAAGCUGCCAGUGGUGGGCUCGCCCUUCUGGAUGGCACCUGAAGUUCUCAAAGAUGAACCUUACAAUGAAAAGGCGGAUGUGUUCUCCUACGGCAUAAUUCUCUGUGAGGUUAUAGCCAGGAUCCAGGCAGAUCCGGACUAUCUCCCUCGCACGGAGAAUUUUGGAUUGGACUAUGAUGCCUUCCAGCACAUGGUGGGAGACUGUCCCCCCGACUUCCUCCAGCUGGCCUUCAACUGCUGUAACAUGGACCCAAAGUUACGUCCUUCGUUUGCUGACAUCGUCAAGACGUUGGAGGAUAUUCUGGACCGCUUGAAGAAUGAGGAGUCAGACCGGGAGAGGAAGUUCCUGAAUCUGGAUAGCGCUGAGAGAAAACCCAUUUCCAAAGGCCUGAUCGAGAAAGGACAAGGAGUGAAACGCCUGAGUUCGCUGGAUGACAAGAUCCCACCCAAGUCGCCCCGUCCACGCCGCAACAUCUGGCUGUCGCGCAGCCAGUCGGACAUCUUCUCCCGCAAGCCCUCCAGGAAGAUCAACGUCCAGGACCCCUACUACACACCCAGCAAGGGGGCAGGCCGCAAGGUCAACCCCUUCAACGCCAGGGAAGACCUCAAGGGGGGAAAGAUCAAAUUUUUUGACAUGCCGAGCAAGUCUGUCAUCUCCCUAGUGUUCGACUUGCACUCCCCUCAGAUGGGGGGCUUCCCCAAAGCCGGCCAGUCCCAGUGCCGGCUGGCAUACAGCAUGGACUGGCAGGAAUCUUCCCUCUUGGGGAGGCGGUGCAGAUCUCUCCCAGUCUCCCCUGAGAUCCUGCAUAAGGACUGUGCUCCUUUUGGGGGUCUGUCUUCAACGGUGAGCAGGUGUGACUGCAGCCAACUAGGGGCUGAGGUCCGGCAAAAGCUCUUGAGCAGCAGUAAGUACGGUGUGGCCGAGAUCCCCGCUUUCCAAGCCAAGUCUUGCAGGCAGGAGUCUCCUUCCCUGCCUGAGCCGGAGGAGGACAUGGACUGCUCCAACGGGCCAGAGUCCCAGGAGGAGAACGGGUUCUAUCCAGUGAGCAACACGUACGAGACCCCGGCCUGCUGCCAGCCCCUGGCACCAGCUCGGCCUGAGGUGCUGGCCUACAAGGGACUCUCCCCCCAGAACUCUGUGACCGCUGAGGAAGGCGGCUCCUUGGAGCUGUUUGCCAGCGGCACUCCCUCGGAGGACAUGGAAGUAGAGGACGAGAUGCAGAAGAACCUGCUGCUGGCAUCUUCUCAGGCUCUGUUCAGUGUUAACCCCUCUCCGGAGCAGGACAAAGACGUGCUGCCCUUCAAAGGUGGGGGAGGCUCUGCCCCACACCCACUGGCACCCGCUAGUGCGGCAGCAGCUGGUAGUGCGCAGUCAAGGUGUGACAUCUGAGGAGAGCGCACGAGCCCCCGCUCCUGUCCCUGUGGGGUCAGCGGUCCCCAGACACUGGGCUUCUAACUCUCUAGUGCUAAGGCUCAGAUAGCUCAGGCAGCCCGGGCGCAUCGUAGGAGCAGCAGGAGGCUGCCGAGGGCAUCUGAAGAGACAGUAUUUCAUUUUCCAAGUGUCUAUCACUCCUUAGCUCACUGCAGCAGGCAACUACUGCAGCUGCCAGUGGGCAGGACGCCCUCCUGUCUGGGGUCCCAGAAGCCUUGCAAGCCUGCAUGCAGCAGGAGCUGGUACCGUGCACAUGGUCGGACCCUGAGCUCCGUGCAGCUUCCAAGCACCUGCUCUGGGCUUGGGGAUAGGAGAUGUGUGUUUGUCUGAAGGACCAUCCAUGCCCUUUUACACCUCUGCAUUGCCCUGGAAUUGAAUCGGAAACCUGCCCAGCUGUCUCGGGCAGAGCUGGGCAAGUCUAAAGCCUUCGGAGGAGUAGGAGCAGGGGGUGAAGUUCUGGCUGCAGGGCUGAGCAAGGAAAGAAGUGUCCGUCUGGCAGCAGGGGAGCACGUAGCAGCUUUGCCAAGCGCCUGCUAACCCACGCACAUACAACAGGACCUUCCCGUGUUUCUUGUUCCUCUGGGAGUCUGUUCUAAUCUGUCAGCACUGCUGCAAUAGGCUGGCUCAGCAGCCUGACAAGUGCAGUCCCAGCCAUAGCACCAGCAGGACGCAGGCUGCAGCAGCUUGUGUGCACUGCCCUCAGCGUGUCCCAGUCCUGAUGGGGAAAGAGAGAUGCCUGCCGGCUUGAGGAAGGGGAGCGCAGGCACCACGCACAGCCUUGGGGCCUCUUGCGAAAGCGCCAGUUGUGCUGGCACGUUUUUGUGGUGUGGAGGAAGCUGAGUUGUCACCACCUCGGCGCUGGUCUCCGCACUCUGGGAGCCACGACUGGGACACUGCUGAUCCCAGCCACGCUCACGCCGGGCCCUCUUGCCCGCUUCUGUCCUUUGCGCCGGGCCGUUCUGUGGAUGCGAGGCUCUUACACUGCAAUAACAGCCUGUCCCUGCUUGAAACUAAGCAGCUUGCUCCAUAGGUACAGCCAGGAACAGGAGGCUGCAGGGCAGUGGAAGCGGCAGCAGUUUUUGGCCAUGUGAGCGCAACGGUAAAGGACCUUGUCUUUGAGGGAACAUGGUGGAUUCUCACAGACAGGCAAGAGGCUUAUCGGAGAACCUGAAAAAGAUCCAUUUCUCCCAGUGAGCUCCUUCCUGUCUCUUGGGCGUUAAGGACGAUAAUCACUGUCCCUUGGUGGACACUGGAAGGAAGCAGAGGUGGGUUUGAAACCCCCCUUGGUGGGGGCCCUGGCGGAUGUCGGAGCCUGGUCCAGCCCUGCCACGGAGGCAGAAGGAAAGCUUGUCCUAGGAUAGUAAUUUGCACAGUUUCCCACACAACCCUUCUUCACCCACACCUCCCCACUCUCCCUGCACGACCACUCUCAGCCCCGCUGGCCAGCUUCUCUGCAAGAGGUACGCUCACUCCGGCCCCGUCUCAAAGCACCGAAGACGUCGGAAGAGGGCUUGUCAGAGCCCGUUUGAGAGGGGUCAGUAAUUCCUUCCUGGGCCACGAGCGAUGCCAGAGGUGGUGCUACCUGUCUGAACCCAGCCGGCAGCAUUGCCCUGUAACGUAUUGGCCCUGAAGAAUCGAAUAGGAGCCCCGAGCUCCUUUGCGCAGCCCUUGCCAAUAGGCAGCUCCCAAGAAGGGCCAUCGAUGCCCCUUGCCCCCACACUCCUGCCUCACAAAAAGUGCCAAUUCCCAGCACGAUCCUUUUCCUGUCCUGUGUGGCCUCCGGGGCUGGGGGAGCCGCAGAGCCUGGCAGGGAGCCCCUCUGGCUGCUCAGUCUCCAAAAGGAACAGCGUGCCGGCCGAUGGGUCUUCACUGCCAGCUGAUCCUCGCUGGGCAUGAGGGAAACCACCAGGUUCGGCUGCUACAAGGCCUGUUGGGGAUCUUGACUCCAGACCAACGAGCAAUAAUGACACCAGGGGCUUUGCAGCUGGGACUGUCUCUGGGCUGUGGAUGAGUCUGUACUGCUCACUGCUUCCACUUGUGCCCCUGCCUCGGAGGGGAAGGACACAGCACCUCCUCGUUGGCUCUCACCUGCCUUCACGCUUCUCCCAGCUCUCAUCCCAGGUCAGCCGGUAACACUGCACCGUGGGCACCCGCUGCCCCGCAAGGUUCCCGUCGUGUUAGCAGACCGCAAUGUUUGGGUGGAGUCGGUCUCUGGCACAGCCCGGGCUCUGGUCACAGCAAACCCAUCUGUUCCUAACUCCUGGUUUGUCUGAGACGGUAGCUGGUAAAAUACCCCCCACUUGCACUGCUAAGAGGAGAGGCUCUUCAUUUGGGAAACAGUUCUGCUCCCUGUAGCAGGCCAGCUGACCCAAGGGGCACGCAGCUCUCUGGUUUUGCUGCCGCUGGGGAUAGGAACCAGCGAUGCCACCUUCACACCAGGCCUCCCCAAAGUCCUGGCUUGCGGGGUGGAUGCGGCACAGAAAUCCAAUUUCGAAAGGGGGCAGUAUCAGUUAACGCCAGGUCUGGAUGUGGCGAACACUAACCCUGAACAGCCCCUGGGCAGUUACGUGGAUGCAGGGGCACGGACAGAUGGGUGGUUUUUACUAUUGGGAGGAUGGGGACUUACCGCUCGCUCGCCGGUGCGCAGCGGCUGAGCUUUCAUCGCCGUGUCAUCUGUCUGCCGCUCCUGCAGCAAGCGAAGCUGCACUGCAACAAUUUUAGCCCCCAAUGAAACGGGCGGUAUGUUCUUGCAGUUGAGCUUCUGCUUACCCUGGGAUAGCGCAGGCAGGUUGCGGCUACGGCCAGCUCAGCUGAACUGCGGUAAGGCCCCGUCUCUCCUUUCCUGGUUCAUCUGUCCGUGGCCUGUGUCCCUUCACAGAGGCUGCUCUGCCUAGUGCAAGCCAUCAGGCCAACCCCUCAUUUUAUAGGAACGCUGUUUGUUCUGAUCGGGUUUUAUCAUGUUUUCUACUUCCUUCCGGAGGCAAUUUUUUGCUCUUUUAAACAGCUGUUUCUACACACGGCUCUGUUCCCAGGAGAAAUCUAUACGGUUUUAAUUCACUUUGAAUCUUUCUAAGUUGGGAUGAGUUUAAAUGUCUCUUAUAAGCUAUUUUUUUUUUAAAUCCACGAUUGAUACAAGUAGGGGGGCACUUGCAAAUCACUGCCCCGAGAGAGGGGCUGUGGGGCAAGGGGGCCGCUGGGAAGGCGUUGGCGUAUUAUGGAUAACAAAAUAUUGGUAUUUCAUGCCAGUACAACUAAAGACACUUGAAUAAUUCCUGUUUGCACUUAAUGCUACUGUUAUAUCGCAUGUCACUACAUUUCUAUGCAAAAAAAAAAAACAAAUAACCUUUUCGGGGGCAGCCGGAUGUUUGAUUUAAAUAAGUUUAAAGAUCUUUGCCAGAUGACUAUCUAUUUUCAUAUUUAUGAAGGAGUUUUACGUCUUAAUAUUUUCCAGUCUGUAAAUAGCUAAACUUGUAAUUAAAGGCUUAGGGAGAAGUUUGUAGCCUGUGUAUAAUAAUAAUAAUAAUAAUAAGUUAACACUGCCAGGAAGAAAUCUUUGCAAAACAACUCUUCUAAUAUUGUGGAUAUUUAUGAAGCUGUAAAAAAAAAAAAGCAAAUCCUGUUUUUAAUGUCGAUUGCUCUCCCGCUCGGGCGCGGAAGCCUGUGUUGUUGGAAUCGCAGUGAGAAGUAACCAAAGAUGAAGCCAGCAAAAUAUUUUCAUAAUUUUUUUUUCUUGGUCAGUUUUUUGUAAACUGUUUCCCAACUCGCUUUUAAAAUAAAAAGAAAACCAAG